AUGGCGGACACUGGCGACGACACCGGUCACGUCUCCGAACCCCUCGACCUCGUCAGGCUGCUGUUGAAUGAGGUCGUCUUUGUCAAGCUGAGGGGUGACCGGGAGCUCAAGGGCAAGCUACAUGCCUACGACAGUCACUGCAACUUGGUACUCGGUGAGGUGGAGGAGACCAUCUAUGCUGCCGAUGAGGAUGAUGAGACAAUCAACCGCAAGUCAGAAAUGCUCUUUGUCAGAGGAGAUAGCGUUGUUUUAAUAUCACCGCAAGUUCCCUUCUGA